AUGAGCGUGAGCGCCACCCGGCGGCCCUUUGGCUCGCCCAUCACCAUGACCCCUGCCUCCUCCGCUGCCUCCUCCGCUGCUGCUGCUGCUGAAGAUUCUGCUGCUGCGGACCGUUAUGGUGGGAAAGCUAGCGAUGGUGCUGCGUGGUGGGGUGGCGGUGGUGGAGAGGAUUGCGGGGGUGAGGGGCGGGUGGUGCAGCAGUUCCAUGUGCGCACGGAGGGCCUCUCUUACACGGCCGUCAACGGGCGCACCAUUCUGAACCGAGUGAGCGUGGCGGCUCAUCCCGGGCAGCUGCUCGCGCUCGCAGGGCCCUCGGGCAGCGGAAAAACGUCCCUGCUGGACGCCAUUGGCUGCCGCAUUGAUCCGGGCAGCCUGUCGGGGUCCAUCCUGGUGAACGACCGCCCCAUGCCGCCCAGCUUCCGCAAGCACUCUGCCUACGUGCUGCAGGACGACGCCCUCUUCGCGCUGCUCUCCGUGCGCGAGACGCUUGACUUUGCCGCCCGCCUGCGCCUGCCGUCCACCGUGACGCCGGCCGCGCGGCAGCAGCGAGUGCAGCAGCUGGUGCAGCAGCUGGGGCUCACCGCGUGUGCCGACACGCCCGUGGGGGACGACCUGGUGAGUGGGCCGACCAGGUGGGUGCCUUGGAUGGGGGGGGACCACUGGGUGGGUAAUUUCUGGGGCGCCUCAAAAGCAGCUGCUGCAGCAGUGCGCGGGGUGGGGACGAGAUGCGUGCCUUGUGAGGAGGGCGUCCUGCUGGGCUGGGUGUCUUGUGGGUGGGAGGGGCAAGCGUGUCUUGUGAGGAGGGUGUCUUGUGGGUGGGAGGGGCAAGCGUGUCUUGUGAGGAGGGUGUCUUGUGGGUGGGAGGGGCAAGCGUGUCUUCACCGGGGGGUGUCAGGGGGGGAGAGGAGGCGCACGUCCAUCGGGGUGGAGCUCAUUCACAACCCUGCCGUGCUGCUGCUCGACGAACCCACCUCAGGUCCACACCACACACUUCCGCCUCCUAUGCUCGUGCUGCCGUUUCUCUGCCCGUUCUCUCGGCCCUCUCUGGGCAUCGGUGCUUCUCUUUGUGUGCUCAGUCCUUCACUGCGCCCCCUACCCUACGCCUUGCUCACAGCACCACCCAGUCCGCCACCCAUACCUGCUCGCGCCUUGCUCCUUCUGUCAUGUGCCUCUCCCUUCUACGCCCAGUCAUGUGCCUCUCCCUUCUACGCCCAGUCAUGUGCCUCUCCCUUCUACGCCCAGUCAUGUGCCUCUCCCUUCUACGCCCAGUCAUGUGCCUCUCCCUUCUACGCCCCUCUACCGCCUCCCCUGUGCCUCGCCCCUCACCAAAGCUCACCGCCCCUCCCCGCCCUCACCGCCACUGGUGUGCCCGUGGCAGGGCUGGACAGCGCGUCGGCGCUCAAGGUGGUGCAGCUGCUGCACAACAUGGCCGUUCAGGUGGGCACCACAUUCAGUGUGCUCCAAGUGCUUUCUCAGGUGUUUUUUUUCGUCAUGAAGUUGCUGCAGAAGAUGGUUGGUGAGGUGGAGAGGAGGGGACAAUGCCCCCUUCCAAUCGUCAGCUCAACGGCACGCUGCGCUGAUUAUGUGAUCCUCAUGCAACGGGAAAACUGCCUUAAUUGCAUCGCAACUCACACCCUUGCUCACUCUUUCCUGCGUGCCUCCCAUCCCGCCUCCCAUCCCGCCUCGUUCUCUGCUAACCCAACUCCACGCGGCAAGGCGCACGUGGCGGUGACCAUCCAUGCACACCCCGCUACCCCUCCAAGCCCGCCCCCACGGGGGGGCGGGCGAACAGUGGUGUUGACCAUCCACCAGCCGUCGUUCCGCAUCACGGCGCUGCUGCACCGCAUGGCGCUGCUCAUCAGCGGCACCGUUGCCUUCCACGGCGCCACGCCCGCUCUGCGCUGCCACCUCGCAGUGCUGCACCACCCCGUGCCCCCGCAUGUCGCCUUCCACUGUGCCACGCCCGCCCUGCCGCAGGUGAACCUCUUAGAGUUCGCUCUUGACACUCUGCCCCGCAUCGCUGCUGCUGCCACUCGUGCCAAGCGACUUCUCUCGCUCCCUUUCUCCGCAGGCACCUCCUGCUCUGCUGCCGCUGCUACCUCUCACAGCCCUGCACGCGUUCACGCUGCCGCUCGUGCUUCUCGGGCUCUGCACCAUUCCCACAGGCAGCCUCGCCGCCUCUCCACCACACCCACCCUCCCAGAGCACACCCUCCCCAUGCAUAUGCACAUGCGCGCAUGGCAGGUGGCGAUGGGGGUGAUCAUGGGGUCGCUGUUCCUGCAUGUGGGCUUCGACAUGCCUGGCCUGCAGAGCCGCUUUGCCGUGCUCGGCUUCACCAUCGCGCUCGUCUUCUACAACUCCCUCGACGCCCUGCCGCUCUUCUACCUCGAGCGAACCAUCUUCACGCGGGAGACGUCACGAGGCGCGUACCGCACGGCGCCCUACGUGGUGGCCACCACGCUCACCACGCUGCCGCUCUGCGUGCUGCUGUCGCUCGCCCUCGCCACGCCGCUCUACUGGAUGGUGGGCCUCGCGCCCUCCGCCUCCGCCUUCCUUGUCUUCAUCGCCACGCUCUGCCUGGCCUUUGCGCUCGCCAACGCGUUUGUGACGCUGCUGUCGGCGCUGCUGCCGUCACACAUGGUGGCGGCCACCGUGGCCAGCAGCGCCUUCUCCUUCUUCCUCCUCUUCAGCGGCUUCUUCUUCUCCAAGGCAGCCAUCCCGGGCUACUGGCUGUGGCUGUACUACGUGAGCCUCAUGCGCUACCCCAUGGAGCUGCUGCUCUGGGCCGAGUUCCACCACGGCCUCGGCCCCACCUGCUUCUCCACCUUCUCCCCCGCCGCCGGUGUCGGCUACACCGCCUCCGGCACCAACGAGGCCUGUGGGCUCACGGGUGCAGCGUAUCUGGACGCGCGGGGGUUCACAGGCUUGAGCCCGUGGCGCAACCUGCUGGUGAUUCUGGCGUUCAUCGCUGCGCUGCGCCUGGCUUUCUACGCAGCUCUCCGCCGACACGCUGCCUCCACCAGGAAGUGA